AUGCCUCAGCUUGAACACGUUCCGCACGGUUACCAUGCCGUGGCACCCUCCAAUAAUUCAAAAGAGGGACUUCGACUGCAGUCAACUUCGGGCGACUUCGUAUUCACUUUCGAAGCGUUGCGUCAGGGCCUGUUCCGCACCACCUUUAUCUCUCCGAAGCAUUUACUUCCACCUCAUCGAGCAACACUAGUCCCGCAACAGAUUAUCGACCAAGAGAGUCUUAAAUCUGUCAAUUCAAGUGGUACAUCGCAAUCUUUUGUUGUGGAUGGGGUUACUGCAAACGCAGACUGGACAAGCGGGCUACCGCUGGUAUCUCUCACGCUUCCCGGUCAUGAUACACCCCUUCAUUCCGACCUACCCCACCGUUCAUACGUAGCAGAUGGCACUGGAAUCGCUCAUUACACGCGCUACAAUAAUGGUACGCUUCACCUUGGGCUUGGUGAGAAGCCAGCGCCAAUGGACCUUUCAAACCGCCAUUUCGUCCUCUCGGCAACUGAUUCUUUUGGGUACGAUGUGUACCGUACGGAUCCCAUGUACAAACAUAUCCCACUCCUCAUCAAUGCCACGCCGGAUGGCUGCGUCGGGAUUUUCUCGACUUCUCAUGCACGCGGCUACUACUCAGUAGGCUCCGAGAUGGAUGGCAUGUGGGGUCGCUUCAAAGUAUAUCGACAAGAAUACGGUGGGCUUGAGGAAUACCUCAUCGUCGGGAAGACUUUGAAAGAGGUUGUUGGCAUUUAUGCUGAUCUUGUCGGAUACCCUAUGCUCGUACCGCGAUGGGCGUUUGGGUACCUCGCUGGUGGCAUGAAGUACUCCAUGCUUGAUGAUCCGCGCGCAAGUGAUGUGUUGAUGAAAUUUGCAGGUAAUCUAAAGAAGCAUAAUAUCCCUUGCUCUGGCUUCCAAAUGUCGUCGGGAUAUACGGUUGCUGAGACCGAGCCAAAAACACGCAAUGUCUUUACCUGGAAUCGACACCGCUUUCCCGACCCCAAAGGCUUCAUCGAUGCGUUCCAUAGGGAGGGCAUACGGUUAAUUGCCAACGUCAAGCCAUACGUCCUAGAGAGUCAUCCUGAAUACAAUAAGUUGAAAGCAGCUGGAGCAUUCUUCACCGAUUCUCUAACCGUAGCGUCCGCCGAGGCCCGCUUGUGGAGCGCUGGUGGUGGCGAGAGUGGAAUUGGUGGACACAUUGACUUCACCUCAAAAGCAGGCUAUAAGUGGUGGUACGAGGGUAUCCGCGAGCUGAAACGCGUCGGUAUUGAUUGCAUCUGGAACGAUAACAACGAAUAUACUAUCCCUCACGAUGGUUGGCAGUGUGAAUUGACUGAGCCGACCGUGAUCCAAGACAAAGACAACCAGUAUGGGCAAGCCAUCGGAUUCUGGGGCCGCGCACUCAACACGGAACUGAUGGGCAAGAGUUCACACGAUGCGUCACUUGAUAUCGAACCGAAUCAAAGACCCUUCAUCCUCACUCGAAGUGCGACAGCGGGUACACUUCGAUACUGCGCAAGCUCUUGGAGCGGUGAUAAUGUAACCAGUUGGGACGGCAUGAAAGGUGCCAAUGCGCUCUCACUCACAGCAGGCAUGUGCCUAAUGCAAUGCUACGGUCACGAUAUCGGGGGCUUUGAAGGCCCGCAGCCAUCGCCAGAAUUGCUCACUCGCUGGUGCCAGCAGGGUAUCUACUCACCGCGCUUUGCCAUCAAUUGCUAUAAAACAUCCCCGGACAACAACACCGUCGGCGAUGUAAUCGAGCCGUGGAUGUAUGAAGAAACGACGCCGCUGAUUCGCGAUAUCAUCAAGCGGCGAUAUGAACUAAUUCCAUACUUGUACUCGUUAAGCCUAGACUCACAUCAAACGGCAACACCACCCCAGCGGUGGACGGGAUGGGGUUACGAACAAGACCCAGAAGUCUGGAAGAACAAAGUGCUCACGGAUGGGGAAACACAGUACUGGCUCGGCGAUGCCCUGUUGAUCGGCGGCGUCUUCGAAGCCGGCGCUUCGUCUGCGAAGAUGUACCUCCCGAAAGACCCUUCGAAUCCUGAUCUCCAGUUCCUAGACCUCAACAACACACCGCAAUCAUACUAUGUCGCAGGUCAAUGGGUUGACAUCCCUGCGAGGUGGACUGAUAGUAUCCCAGUUCUCGCUAGAGUAGGCAGUGCAGUUCCUGUCGGUAGAGCAGAGCAGGUCCUUUCCGUUGGCGACACCUCAAACCAUGCCAACCUCCCGCUCGACGACUACCGUGCUGUUGAGAUAUUCCCGCCAAAGGGCUCAUCGAAUGGCAAGAUCUUCAACAAUACCUGGUUUGAAGAUGACGGCGUCUCAUCGCCGCCUGUUCGCGUCUCCACAUUCAACCUACACUACUCAACAACCGACGAUGAGGUCCAGGUUAAGUUUUCGGAGACGUUGCAUCCUGGAUUCAAACCGCACUGGUGUGAGCUGGAUGUCAUUGUGCCGGCUGGUGAAGGGAGGGGGGUGAGGUUAAUUGGCAAGCCGUUAGUGAGUGUUGAUGUUGAUGCGAAGGGGAGAACGAGGUGGACAGGUGCGGACAAGCGUCAGCCGGGAAAGGUUGAAUAG